AAAAAACUAAAAAUUUCUUUCAAGAAAAGAAGGUAAAAAGAUAAAAGAAAAAGUAACAACUAUCAACUGGGCUUUGGACUGUCCAUCUCCAUCAUAAUCAGCGACAGUCAAACUUUCAACUCAAAAUGAAUGGCCUUGAUUACAUAGAUCAGAUAUAACUGGCCGUUGCCUAUUCCAACGAAGGAAAAGCCAGCCGCGAAACUCAUUUCUCUUAGCACCAAGUCACCAACUUGCUCACCAAAAUUCGGAGCUCUGGCUACUCCAGUUAAAAGAAGACUCUUUUCUGAUCAAUCUGUAAGAUGGGAACUGUAGACGAAGUUGCGGAAAUUGAUAACUUAGAAAGGGGUUUAUUAUCAGAAUCAUGUGGUGGUAAUGAAAAAAGCGAAGGAACUGAUGAUGACACUGUGCUGUAUACGGCGUCGUUCCGAGAAAUGGAAGAGAAAUUUGUCAAGUAUCAAACAGCUCAAUGGGUUAUCUACUCUUUGCUUCUAAUAUUAGCUUGGGGAAUGGGGUUGUUUAUGCUUCUCUAUUUGCCAGUCAGGAGAUAUAUUUUAAGGAAAGAUAUUCAAUCGAGGAAGCUCUUUCUCACUCCUAAUGCCAUUGUUUACAAAGUUACGAAACCAGUUGCAUUUCCAUGUUUUGGGGUGUUACAUAAAGAGAAGCAUGUUUUGUUACCUUCAGUUGCUGACAUCAUAAUUGAACAAGGAUAUUUGCAGUCUCUUUUUGGUGUCUACUCUGUGAGAAUUGAGAAUGCUGGUGUAAGAAGGCCACCUAGUGAUGAUGUUCAAAUUCAAGGGAUUGCAAAUCCAAGAGCUUUCAAGAAGGCGGUCUUGACACAGUUAUCACAUAUUAAAAGUGAGAUUGUAUCUAGACAAGUCUCCACAAUUGAAGACAUUCCCAGUUUGAGGCUAGGCCAUUCUUCGUCUCCUUGGAUGUCCCCAAUGAAACCUCAGAGGCAUGAUUUAAUUCCUGGUUCAGGGGACCUGGUACUACUACAAAAACUAGAGGAAGUUGGAAACUCUGUGAAGAGGGUUCAAACUUUAAUUGAGGAGAAACACCACUCCCAAUCAUCGGAACUCAUGGGUUAAGGUCUGUUAUGCAGGAUACCAUGCUGAGGCACAUAAACAGAACAAGGCAAUUUUUCUGAAGCUGCAAUGGACUAGACAUAUUCAUUCUUCUUGGGUUGCCAUUCCAAGCGUGAUAUGAUCACUUUAUGUGGUGGUGUGCGUUAACAAGUUUUAAGUUAAAGUGAGGCGUGUUGCACUCAUCUGAAUUUAAUUCUUUGGAGAUCAGAGCUGGCUGUAUUCACCACUAUAGAUUGUUUCAUCCAUUACGUUGGUUUUGUCUGUCGUGCUGGCUCAUAAUUUCACUUCAGUGCUUGACUAUGGCCUUCUGGUUCCUGUCUCCAAACUCCCUUAGCAUGUUAGUUCCACUCACAAUUUCUUAAGAAUUUUAUGCUUAUGAAUUGGAUCA